AUGUACCUUACGCACGCGCCUGGGCCUUUCCCCCUCCUCCUGUCUUCUCGUGUUCUUCCCUUCCAGUGUGACCCUACUUCGAGGACGGAGGUGCUGCGCGGUAGCUCAGCGGGUCGUGUUCAGGUGCCGAUAUGUCUGUUUCGUCGAGUCCGUGAAGAUGGUCAGAGCGUCAAUUGGCUCUAUGGAAAGCCCAGUGUAUCUCCCCUUCAACUCUCAAAACCGACCGUCAAUGAAAACCCAACCCUCCUCCGCGAUUCUUUGUGUCCCAACCAUUUUCAGCAGCGGCGUGUUGCCUCCUACCUCCUCAUCUCAACUCCCCCUCUACCUAUUCUCGCUGCAGAACUCCACUACCUUGUUGCCCCUUUAGCCGUCUUCCUGGAUUAG